CCGAGGGGCAGGAGCUCCCCCUCGAUCCCCUGGCCCAGCGCCCAGCUCCUGCCCCCAAUCAGGCCGUGGGGCUCACCCGGUGACACCCCGCCCGCGGCCCGCCUUGCUGGCAGAGCCAGGACUAAUGGGGUGCUGCACCCCAGGAGGCCUGGGCCAAUCAGACGCUGCACCCCAGGAGGGCUGGGCCAAUCAGACGCUGCACCCCAGGUGACCCGGCCAGGGAGAGGAGGCGGGGCCGGCGGGGGCUGAGCGGCUCACUGGCCCGGGGACAGACGGGCUGACAGCCGCCGCCGCACCAGACACCAUGGGGGCCCCGGGCUGGGCCGCCCUCCUGCUGCUGGCGCUCGGCACCCAGGCGCUGAUCCGAAUUCCCCUGCGGAAGUUCCCUUCGGUCCGGAGCCGGUUCGGUGGGACGGGGCUCCCCAUCGCCGACCUGGGGGCUGGUGGAGGGCCCGGCAGGGGGCCCCACAGCCGCUCAGCUGCCCCACAGCGUCUGCACAAUUACAUGGACACCCAGUACUAUGGGGAGAUCGGGGUCGGGACGCCCCCGCAGCGCUUCACCGUCGUCUUCGACACGGGCUCGUCCGACCUGUGGGUGCCUUCGGCUCGCUGCUGCCUCCUGCACCUGGCGUGCUGGGUGCACACUCACUACUACUCGCUCUUCUCCUGCACCCACAAACGGAACCACACCAAGUUCUCCAUCCGCUAUGGGAGCGGCAGCCUGAAGGGCUUCCUGAGCCAGGACACGAUCACCGUGUCCAACCUGACGGUGGAGAACCAGACGUUCGCCGAGGCCGUGGACCUGCCAGGGCUGGUGUUUGCGGUAACCAAGUUCGACGGGAUCCUGGGGAUGGGGUACCCCGUCCUCUCGGUGCGUGGGGUCACCCCAGUCUUCGACAGCAUGAUGGCGCAGGGGCUGCUGGACCAGAACAUCUUCUCCUUCCACCUCCGCAGGGGCUCGGCGGAGGACGGGGGCGAGCUGCUGCUGGGGGGCAUGGAUCCGGGGCUGUACGAGGGGGAGCUGCAUUACGUGCCCGUGUCCCGCAAGGCCUACUGGCAGAUCAAGGUGGACAAGAUCCGGGUGAAGAAGUCCCGGGGGCGGCACGGGCGCAAGGGGCCGGCUCUCUGCCGGGGGGGCUGCCAGGCCAUUGUGGACACGGGCACCUCCCUCAUCACUGGGCCCAUCAAGGAGAUCAAGCGGCUGCACAAAGCCCUGGGGCCCUUCCACGCCCACGGGGGGCAGUACCUGCUGGAUUGCGACCAGCUCCCAGGCCUGCCCGAGGUCUCCUUCGUGCUGGGCGGGAAGCCCUUCAACCUGACGGGGGAGCAGUACAUGCUGAAGGUGACACAGCUGGGCAUCACCAUCUGCAUCAGCGGGUUCAUGGCCCUGGACGUGGCCCCCCCCGCCGGCCCCCUCUGGAUCUUCGGGGACGUCUUCCUGGGCCAGUACUACACGGUGUUCGACCGGGACCGGGACCGCGUGGGGCUGGCGCGGGCCAAGUCGCCCCCUCCCCCGGCACCGCGAGAGACGCCCCCACCCAGCACCACGGGGAGCCCCAAAACCCACCCCCCAGCCCUGAACCCCCAGCCCACAACACACACCGGGGCCUCAGGACGCCUGGGUUCCACCGGCAGCUCCGGGAGGGGAGGGGGGGUCUAGUGGUUAGAGCGCGGGGGGGGGGCGCGGGGCUGGUGUCACGAAGUUGCAGGGAGUCAGGGCCCUGCACCCCCCACUUCCUGAGAUUCACCAGGACUCUCAGAAGCUUUAUUAGACGACAGGAACAGGGUACGGAAAACAGGACCCCUCAGCCAGGUCCCUCUUGGGGGGUGGGGAGCCCAGACCCCGGUUCUUGGCCUCCCCCACCCAGCCAGCCCCAAACUGAA